AUGCUCGAGUACCUCCGUCAGGUUGGUCGGCCCAGUACCCUGGGCAAGCAGCUCAUGCCAUACUUACCGCCAGCAGAGGUGACAGAAGGGCUUCUGGAGGAAGAGACGGACUUGGAAGCUCUCAAUCAGUCACGACCAGAGCCGCGAUUUCACCGAAAGAGAAAAGACUCGGCCUCCCAAUAA